UCUUCCUUUACCCUAAUUACAGUAUCAACAUUGAAUAAAAACAAUUCAUUACAGAAUAAGUAAGAAAAAAUUGUUAGAAGUGAUUAACGUAAAGAAUAUUAUGUGAUUGUGUUGUUGUUAAUAAUAAAAGCCAAGUGUACGUUCGGAAUAAAACGUUUUCGUCUUUACCUAAAGUGAUUUAUGACUCAAUGAUUAUUAUUUAUAAACGAUAUUGUAUCGGUGCUGCGUUAUGUAAUUUCCAAGUGACAAUAUAUAUUUAUUAAGAGUGUUAUAAUGGCGACAUUACCGCGAGUUAAUAAUACUAAGCAUGGAAAUUCAUCAAAAAACGUUGCGUCUCCAUUUAGUUCGAGUCCACGAAAGUUACCUGAAAUGGCACCAUAUACAGAAAUUCAUGACGUGACAUCGGCAAGUGGUGUAAGCUUGAAACAGUAUGAGGAACAACUUAACGCACUCCGAAAAGAAAAUUUCCAACUCAAAUUACGAGUUUACUUUCUCGAGGAGAAUUUAGGACAUGGAUGCCCGCCCGCCGUUCAAGGUCUUUUGGAACAUAAUGUGAGGCUUCAAGUGGAAGUGGAGGAAUUGAAGAGGCAAUUAAGUGAUAAACAAGCGUUAUUGGCAGCUGCGGCAGAAGCUAUCGAUGUUUUGGAGAAUCAGGGUUCAUUAUCAACCGAAACAGCUGAAGCAUCAAUGCACAGCAACCCGGAAUGCAAACAAAAUGAAAUAACACAGUGUGCUGGAAAUCAAGUGGAAAAGGAAAAUGAAAGGGGCCUAGAAUCGGAAUCUGCAGGGGAAUAUCUGGCUGUAACAGUUAACAAUGAGGAUUUGGAUCAAAUGACAAAGCUUAGACGAGAAAAUAGAAAGGCCCUUCAAAUGAUUAAAGAAUGCUUAAAGAAAAUUCAGCAACAAAAUAAGGAAAUCAAGCGAUUGAAACUGGAUAAGGAACUGACAUACGCACAUGUAAGCGAUUCACAAAUGGAAAAAUAUGAAGGAAUUAUCAAAUGCAAAGAUGAACAUAUUAUUGAGCUGGAAAAUAAAUUGAGACAAUUCCAGAACAAUAGCGAACUUAAUGUACAAACUGAUUCUGGGAACUUACAAAAAGUUUUGACAAAGAGGUUACAAGAGAUGGCGCUUUUCCUCGAUAAACUGUUAUCCCACAAAUGUGUACUUGGAGAGGAGAAGAAAAAGCUAGCUGAGAGCAUUUUAGAGCAAAGUCUGGCCCUUCCAGUUGGAUUGAAGCUUGAUGAGUCCAUGGCGUUGGGAGAUAUGACAAUGGACGAAAGUAUCCUUGAUAUGUCACAAUCUAUGAGACUCGAAGACUUAACUCUUAUGUUUGGACAUCAUAUGACGUGUAAUGAUGAAAACAUAACCUCUAGAAACCCUACACGAUCGUAUCCUCGGGCAGAUGCGAUUUCUGAAUCCGAAUGUUGGUCAGAACCAGACAGAAAUGUGUCUUUAGCUAGAGUUGGCUUAUCACAGACCAGGGUAACAGAAAAAGAAAGAGAUUCGGAAAGCAUUAAACACAGAUCACGAAGGUCACGUAUAUCUUUCGGAUCGCGCUCCGAAGAUGGCAAGGCAAAUGUUACCUUACUUGAGCGAGUCGAUGACUUGACACAAUAUAGCCAAGAGUUAGAAGAAGAUAAUAAGGAACUCGCUAAAAAACUAGAUUCUGCGAUGCAACAAAUCGUUGACCUCGAACAAGAAAGGGAUGAUUAUAGGAUAGCUCUGGAGACAGAGCGAUCUCAGAUACUAGAGUCCAACUCUAGUAUGGAAUCUCUGAAGAAGACUAUAUUAGUCUUGGAGUCCCGUAUAAAUGAGAACGAACAGCAAAUUGCGUACAAUGAUGAAAUAAUUGAGAAAUUACGCGCAGAGAAAUCCGAUUUAGAGGUCACGUUUUUGGAGAAUGAGCGUUCUUUACGUCGAGCUGCGGAUGAAGCAACCGUUCAGGCGUCACAGGCUGCUUUGGAGCGAGCGAGAGCGCAACACGAAAGAUUGAGGGUAGAAAGAGAAUUGGAAGAGACUAGAGAAAAGUUGUCCUCUGUGAUGGAAGCUCAGUCUCAGUUGGAAAUGGAGCUCACCCGCAGGGCAGCGGAAGUGGAUAAUAAGGUCGUGGCAUACUAUGAAGGUCACAAUUCUGAAGAGGAUCGACCAACUUCACCAGACCAGGGAAUCGAUAGUGACAGACUGUCAAGUUUGGAACACGAUGCCGUUAAUUUGUCACCACGUUCUCUACUAAAGGAAAAUGUAACGUUGAAACAGAAGCUUGCCAGAACCAAAGCGACGUUAGCGGAGACGUUGACGCAACUAAACGCAGCAAAUAUGAUGAAACGAAACGCCCAAAGGGCGAUUUGCCGCCAAAUUCAUAAGACACAAGGCGUUCUUCGUAGAGCACGAGACCAAUUUGAACAACAUAAUAAUUAAGUUUUUUUAUUACGAUAAGAUUUUUAAUUUACAUUUGAUAUUAUAUCUGAGUGAGUCGUAAAUCGUCAUCAUCAAUUAUUAGAAUAAUCUAUAUCUAAAUAUGCAAAUGUCAAAUUUAUAAAGUCUGCCGACAUAAGAACGCCUAAACCGUGUUAUUCAAACAAAAUUUUUAAUUCGAUUUAUAAAAUAUAAGUUUUUUCAUGUA